GCGCGUUGGUGCGCAGGGUGACGGUUGGUGGCCAUGUCGUCCCGCAGGUCGGGGUCGAGGUCGGGGCCGGUGGAUCGGCAUCUCUACCGCGUGUCGGAGCCGCGGCAACACCCGCUCGGCUUCACACAGUACCGGGUCACCGCCACGAUCAUUUCAAAGAAGACAGCAGAUGUCAAAGAGGUGACGGUGUACAAACGCUACAGCGACUUCAAAAAGCUUCACGGAGAGCUCUCCUACAUCCACAGGAACCUGUUCAGGAAACUGGAAGAGUUCCCUGCCUUCCCAAAAGCUCAAGUGUUUGGGCGCUUUGACGAGGCGGUCAUCGAGGAGCGGCGACACUCUGCCGAGGAGAUGCUGCAGUUCACCAUCAACAUCCCCGCUCUGCACAACAGCCCGCAGCUCAAAGACUUCUUCAAGGACGGAGAGGCGUGCUGCCCGCUGGACCUCGCAACUCCCGAGAACGUCUCCGCCCUUCCGGAGCCGCUGAUCCCGCUGCCGCCCGCGCGCUGGGAGGCGCCCGGAUCGUGCGCCUGGACGCCAGACUCGCAGCGCCGGGACGGAGCCCCGAGAGAGAUGGACGUGAACGUGGAUGGUGGAGAGGAAGCCCGGGCCGAGACCGUGACCCCCAGCCCAACCCGUCUGGGAUCGCACGUUCCUUCCAUCGCAGAUGAGGCGCUGCCCGAUCGGGGAGAUACGGCGGCGGAGGGGGGAGCACCUUCGCCCGUGGACCUGGGCGACGACACAGAGGAGGACGAGAGGGGGCCCGAGGUCGGUUCCGCACUGCCUGACAGCGAGCUGGCGCUGUUCGACCCGUGCGCCAAGGAAGGGUCGGGUGCGGUGAGCGUGGGGCGGAGUAACCUGGAGGCUCUCUCGGAGACGGAGGCGGAGGGGAGGGGGAGCCGGGACCCUGGGGACCUGGCUGGCCGCCUCCUCACCCUGAGGGUGGGGGCGGAGGAGGGCGAGACCACCCCCUCGGCGGGGCCCGGGGACGGGGACGGGGACACGGACGGCUACCUCAGCGCCGCCGCCCAGCGGAUCAAGGAGGCGCUGGGGCGGGAGAGAGCCGGGGAGUACGGGACAGCGUUCACCUGCUACCGCAGCGGCGUCGACAUCCUGCUGGCCGGCCUGCAAGGGGAGCCGAGUGCCGAGAGGCAAGACGCCAUUAAGAAGCGCACGGCAGAGUACAUGAAACACGCCGAGGCCAUCUUCGCCCUGCACCUAAAGGACACGGCGGUGGAGUCCGCACGCCCCCCCUCAUGACCACGGUGGGAGCUCUGACCCGAUGCCAGGACCAAAGACCCUCUCCCCUCACCCACCACGGGUAUGUGUUCCCGGGAAGGGGCCGCUGCCAGGAGCUUCCUCCCAACGCCAUCUCCCAGCUCGUCCAAAGUCUUCCGCACUCGGACCCUCGCUGACCGACGCUCUCUCCGCUGGCGACACCGUUAAACCGACCGACCGACCGGCCGGCCCCUACAACUGGGCGGCAGAACACGCUGGCGCAGCGGGUAGAGCUGCUGCCUCACAGCGCCAGAGACCCCGGUUCGAUCCCGACUAUACUACGGGUGCUGUCUGUACGGAGUUUGUACGCUCUCUCCCCGUGACCUGCGUGGGCUUUCUCCGGGUGCUCAGGUUUCCACCCACUCUCCUAAGGGUUUGUAGGUUGCUUGUCCCUCUGUAAAUUGUUCCCCUUUGUGUGCUGGGGAGCGGAUGAGAAAGUGGGGCAACAUAGAAGUGUGUACGGGUGAUGGCAGAUCGGUGGGACAAAGGACCUGCUUCCAUGCUGUGUCUCGAAACUAAACUAAAAACCUAAUAAUCUUAAUUUCAUAAAAUAG